AGAAUGAGAAGUGCUGGAGCAGACAGGAGGGGAGUUCUGGCUGAUAAAGUGGCCCUGAUCACAGGUUCCACAGAUGGGAUUGGUUUUGCUGUAGCACAACGUCUGGCCCGAGAUGGGGCCCAUGUGAUUGUGAGUAGCCGAAAACAACAGAAUGUAGAUCGUGCAGUUGAAAGACUUCAGGGAGAGGGACUGAGUGCUUCAGGAACCGUGUGCCACGUGGGAAAGGAAGAAGAUUGUAAGAGGCUGGUGUCCAUGGCUUCUGAAAAAUAUGGGUUUAUCAACUUCCUGGUUUGUGUGGCAGGUGUCAACCCUAUGGCUUGGAGUACACUGGGGGCCAGUAAAGAAAUGUGGGACGAGAUAAUGGAUAUUAAUGUGAAAGCACCAGCCUGGCUUGUGAAGCUGGCUCUACCACACAUGGUGACCCUAGCAGAAAAGGAGGAGGAUGCUAUGGUUUUUGUUUCCUCUGUUCCUGAGAUAGCUUUGGGUCCCUACAAUGUCAGCAAGACAGCCCUACUGGGGCUCACCAGAACCCUAUCUUUGGAGCUUGCACCAAAGGGCAUCCAAGUGAACUGCUUGGCACCAGGAGUAAUGAAGACCAUGUUCAGCCAAGUGAUAUGGAAGGAUAAAAAUUUUCUACAGAAUGCCAUGAGACAACGUAGACUUACAGGGGUGGGAUGUCCAGAAGAAUGUGCUGGAGUUGUGUCCUUCCUGUGCUCUCCAGACUCCAGCUAUAUAGGAGAAACUAUUGUGGUGUCAGGUUUUUCUCCAUGA